AUGAAGACUCUUCCAGUUCUAUUGUUGCUGUGCGUGGCAGCGUGCUCAGCCUAUCCAUUGGACAGAGCUGCAGGGGAUGAGGAGGACAACAUGGACCUUGCUCAGGAAUACCUAGAAAACUACUACAACCUUGGAAAAGAAACGAAACAGUUUGUUAGAAGAAAGGACAGUGGUCCUAUUGUUAAAAAAAUUCAAGAAAUGCAGAAGUUCCUGGGGUUGGAGGUGACAGGGAAGCUGGACUCCGACACUGUGGAGGUGAUGCUCAAACCCAGAUGUGGAGUUCCUGAUGUUGGUCAGUUCAGUACCUUUCCUGGCACGCCAAAGUGGGGGAAAACCCAUCUUACUUAUAGGAUUGUGAAUUAUACCCAGGAUUUGCCAAGAGAUGCUGUUGAUUCUGACAUUGAGAAAGCUCUGAAAGUCUGGGCAGAUGUGACUCCACUUACAUUCUCCAGGAUUUAUGAAGGAGAGGCUGACAUAAUGAUUACUUUUGCAGUUCGAGAGCAUGGAGACUUUUAUGCUUUUGAUGGACCUGGAAAAGUUUUGGCUCAUGCCUUUCCACCUGGGUGGGGCAUAAAGGGAGAUGCUCACUUUGAUGAUGAUGAACGUUGGACAAAGGAUACAUCAGGGAUCAAUUUAUUCCUCGUUGCUGCUCAUGAACUUGGACAUUCCCUGGGUCUCGAUCACUCCACCAACACUAAAGCUUUGAUGUACCCAAUCUACAGAAAAGACUUAGCCCUGUUCCGCCUUUCUCAAGAUGAUGUGACUGGCAUUCAGUCCCUCUAUGGACCUCCUCCUGCCUCCCCUGAUGACCCCGUGGUGCCCACGGAAUCGGUGCCUCCAGGACCUGGAACGCUAGCCAUGUGCGAUCCUGCUUUGUCCUUUGAUGCAAUCAGCACUCUGAGGGGAGAAAUCCUGUUCUUUAAAGACAGAUAUUUUUGGCGCAAAACCUUCAGGACAUCUGUACCUGAAUUUCAUCCAAUCUCUUCGUUUUGGCCAUCUCUUCCUUCAGACAUAGAUGCUGCAUACGAAGUUACUAGCAAAGAUACUGUUUUCAUUUUUAAAGGAGACAAGUUCUGGGCCAUCAGAGGAAGUGAGGAGAAAGCAGAUUACCCAAGAAGCAUCCACUCCCUGGGUUUUCCUCCAACAGUAAGGAAAAUAGAUGCAGCCAUUUCUGAUAAGGAAAAGAAGAAAACAUACUUCUUCGUAGAGGACAAAUACUGGAGAUUUGAUGAAAGGAGACAGUCCAUGGAGCCAGGCUAUCCCAAGCAAAUAGCAGAAGACUUUCCAGGGGUUGACUCAAAGGUUGAUGCUGUUUUUGAAUCAUUUGGGUUUUUCUAUUUCUUCAGUGGAUCUUCACAGUUCGAGUUUGACCCAAAUGCAAAGAAAGUGACACAUGUUUUGAAGAGUAACAGUUGGUUUAAUUGUUAG